CAGCGCGUGCUUCGUUUCUAUGGUUACUCAGUAACUGAAGGAAUCGCCGACCAGCCACAAAGUUAGCAAGAUAUAUAACAUUUGUAGAGGAAAACUGUUAUAAAAUUACUUGUUUAGUUACGUUUGGUUAGACUCAUCUAGUGUUUGUCAUGGGGGUGGCACUCUCUAUGGCAAUUCAGUGGAGCUCUGAUGCUGAUAAACUAGAGGAUAGCCCUCUAAAUAAUGACUUGCUGACUGAAAUCCUGCUCUUCACGGAGGAGUUCGGCGACAGACACCCACAUGAGGCCAGGCUUAAAUUCAGCGAGCCUUUACAAUGGAAAACAACUCUAGAAGCGUCUGAUUUCAUAUCAGAUUUAUAUGACAUCAGAGAAGAAUCAGUUAUGUCUCUGGGAUAUGAUGAUAACGGACGUUCCCUUCUCCAUCUGAGUCCACCUGACAUCACGGUGUACUCAUUUUACUACCUCUCUAACCUUCUGCAACUAAGCAAAGAUAAAAAGAUGAAGGAGGUCCAGAACUGUUUGGAGGCUAACAGGGACCCAAUAAAGAAGAUCUUUGGGCCCAGAUCUCCUACAAUACAUGAAGAUGAACUAUUUAAUAUCCUGCAGCAGCUGGAUGAGAAGCUGCUAAGCAUUGCUGUCAGACCGAUUACGAGAGAGGGCAGGCUAAGCCCAGCAGCUGUUGAUACGGAGGUAGAUCUGUUGAAGAGAUUCUGUGGAACAGGAGAAAACCGGGUGCUGAAGUCUGUGCGCUACACAUCAGAUUAUGUGUUCUCCAAUGGUUGUCGCUCUCCUCCCUGGAGGCAGAUGGAUGGAGAGAUUUGCUCCCUCAUAAUUGAGACCUGUGACACAGAGCCCACGCUGUUCAUCACUUGCAAUACUAGCGGAGUUUUCCUUGAUGAGGAAAUCAAUGGAGAAGGAGGUGAAAACUCCUAUAGGACAAGAAGUGAAGUCUACAAAGACCUUGUCACACUGUUGAAAAACAUGUCUCCCCAUUUUGCUAAGGCUUCUGAUGAAAAGGACUCUGCCAUUCAAGAUGUGCCAUCCACUGAAAAGAUCCUACAUGUGGAAACGGUUGAUGCAGAGGAAACAGGCCAAACCCUGAAGUCUUACGACCAUGAGGAAAAGAAUGUGCUUGAGAAGGCGAGACAACAGCUUGCGCAGAACAAGCCGGGCGGUAGGAAGAAGAAAUUAGAACCAUCUUUGAAAUGGAAGAACCUUGGACUCGUGUCCCUUUAUGAUGAGGUAGAGGAGAAGGCCAGAAAAAGCAGAGAAAGCAAGAGGAUUUUGGAAUACGGCACAAAGUCACCCGCAUCAGAGAACAAAAAAAAGUCAAAUUUUUCUGGAUCGUCUCUGCCAGGCUGCCACUCUUCUCAAAAAAUUAAAACCCCAGGAGGAGCUGAUGACUUCAGCGAGAGUUCAUCAGACGAUGAGGAAGAUGAGGAACAGCCCGAAAGACGUGCCGAGGCCGCCACCGACCUGCCCUCUGAAUACUGGCAGAUCCAGAAACUAGUCAAAUACUUAAAGGGGGCUAAUCAGACAGCCACAGUGAUUGUUUUGUGCUCUUUGAGAGACUUUAACCUGGUCCAGGAGAUGUGUCAGCUGGCUAUCAGAGAUGUGGGGGGGCUGGAGGUUCUCAUCAACCUGCUUGACACAGAUGAGAUCAGAUGUAAAAUUGGUUCUCUGAAGAUCUUGAAGGAGAUCAGUUGUAACUCCCAGAUUCGGCGGACCAUCGCUGAUUUGGGCGGUUUGCAGACUAUGGUGUCUAUCCUGGACUCUCCUGACAAAGAGCUGAAGUGCCUUGCUGCAGAGACCAUUGCCAACGUGGCCAAGUUCAGACGGGCCCGCAGGACAGUCCGACAGCAUGGUGGCAUCAAGAGAUUGGUGGAGUUGUUGGACUGCGUUCCUGAUGGUGUGUCUCUGAGUAAGGAGCAGGAGAGGGACGUGGAGGUGGCGCGCUGUGGGGCUCUGGCUCUCUGGAGCUGCAGCAAGAGCACCUGGAACAAGGAAGCCAUCCGCCGGGCUGGGGGAAUCCCUCUGCUCGCUCGGCUGCUCAAAUCACCGCAGAAGAACAUGCUCAUCCCUGUGGUGGGAACAUUGCAGGAGUGCGCUUCUGAGAAGAGCUACAGAAUUGCUAUACAGACUGAGGGCAUGAUUGAGGAUCUGGUGAAGAACCUCAGCUGUGACAACCAGGAGCUCCAAAUGCACUGUGCCAGCGCUAUCUUUAAGUGUGCAGAAGAUAAACAUACCCGUGAUCUGGUGCGGCAGUACGGCGGACUGAAGCCACUGGUCGUGUUGCUCAACCAAGCUGAAAACAAGCAGUUACUAGCCGCCACAACUGGAGCCAUCUGGAAAUGUUCCAUCAGCAUGGAAAAUGUUGCUAAGUUUCAGGAGUAUAAGGCACUGGAGAUUCUGGUACGUCUGCUCACAGACCAACCUGAAGAGGUACUUGUUAAUGUAGUGGGGGCUCUGGGAGAAUGUGCCCAAAUAUCGGAGAAUCUUGCCACCAUCCGCAAGAGCGGUGGUAUCAAGCCUUUGGUCAACCUACUCACUGGUACCAACCAGGCCCUUCUAGUGAACGUCACAAGGGCUGUGGGAGCCUGUGCUACUGACCCUGAGAACAUGGCAAUCAUCGAUCAACUUGAUGGCGUGCGCCUUCUUUGGUCUUUGCUGAAGAACCCCAAUCCAGAAGUUCAGGCCAGUGCUGCCUGGGCCAUCUGCCCCUGCAUUGAAAAUGCAAAGGAUGCUGGGGAAAUGGUGCGUUCUUUUGUGGGUGGUUUGGAGCUCAUUGUUAACUUGCUAAAAUCACAGAGUAAAGAUGUAUUGGCCAGCGUGUGCGCAGCCAUUGCCAAAAUUGCCAAAGAUGUGGAGAACCUGGCAGUUAUUACAGACCAUGGUGUGGUUCCCAUGUUGGCCAAUCUCACCAACACUGGGGACGAUAAGUUACGGCGGUACCUAGCGGAGGCCAUCGCCUGCUGCUGUACGUGGGGAAGUAAUUGUGUGUCAUUUGGGGAGGCUGGAGCUGUAGCUCCACUGGUACGCUACCUUCGCUCAAAUGACCCUUCAGUGCACCAAGCGACAGCCCAGGCUCUGUUUGAGCUGUCUAAAGACCCUAACAACUGCAUCACCAUGCACGAAAACGGAGUGGUCAAGCUCCUGCUCGUCAUGAUCGGAUCCACGGACGAGGUUCUACAGGAGGCAGCAGCCAGCUGUGUGGCUAACAUUCGACGCCUGGCGCUGGCCAAUGACAAGGCUAAAUAUGGCCAGAUGACCCGACAGUAGCUGCUCACAUCUCAGCCUGCCUGACAGACAUUUCUUGCUGGACGAAGGACCACCUCCUUCAACUCAACCUUGCAAAGACAGAACUGCUUGUGGUCUCAGCCAACCCAACACUUCAUUACAACUUCUCCAUUCAGGUAGGUUUGUCAACCAUAACUCCAUCCAGGACAGCCAGGAACCUUGGAGUUGUGAUUGAUGAUCUGUUAAAUUUCACAGACCACAUUACUAGAACUGCCCAGUCUUGCAGAUUUGCCUUAUACACAACAUUUGAAAGAUCAGGCCCUUCCUAUUGGAGCAUGCUAAACAAGUCCUUGUCCAAGCUCUUGUUCUAUCCAGACUGGACUGUUGUAAUACUCUCUUGGCAGGCCUUCCAGCAUGCACUGUCAAACCUCUGCAACUGAUCCAAGAAUGCUGCAGCAAGAGUGUUUUUUAACUAGCCGAAGAGUCACACCUAUCUUCAUCAAUUUGCAUUGGUUGCCAAUUGCUGCUCUUAUCAAAUUCAAGGCACUGAUGUUUACCUACAGAACAACUACUGGCUUUGCACCCCUAUACUUGAAAUCACUACUUCAGACUUAUGUGCCCUCCAGAAGCUUGCGUUCUGCAACUGGAUGGCACCUUGUGGUGCCAUCCCAAAGAGGCACAAAAUCACUUUCGCAGACUUUUACCUUGACUGUUCCAUGCUGAUGGAAUGACCUGCCUAACUCAACCCAAGCAGCUGAGUCUUUAGCCAUUUUCAAGAAACAGCUAAAGAUGGAUCUUUUUCAUCAACACUUGACCUAUUAAUACUAACACUUACUAUUCUAUUCUGUAUAUCUUUUUUAUUUUAUUUUAUUUUUUUGAAUUAUCUAAAAAAUCUUUUCUAUGUGUACUGUGCUAGACUAACUGGGACUAGUCACAGCACUUACAUAUUGUUGCCCUAUUGUUGGUUUGAUUGCUUCUAUUGUUCUCUUCAUUUGUAAGUCGCUUUGGAUAAAAGUGUCUGCUAAAUGAUUAAAUGUAAAUGUUUCUCGCAUUAAUCAGGACUGUAGUUCUAGGACUACAUUUCUAGGACCCUAGUUUUUUGCAACAGUGCCACCUAGCCAAUUCUACUCCAACAGAGGAGACCUGAUUCAAACUUCAAACAAACAGAUGCAAAGACUAGACCCACGGAAAUUAUACAUUUUAUCUUUCAACCUUAUUUUUAACAUAAGAGUGGGCACUGCCAUUUUAAACUUGAAUGUGCAAGGCUUUCGGUGUCAGCAGUCUCCAGUUAUUAGCUAUUUAGCUGUGCAAAAACAGUUAAUUGUGUUGCUGGAUGUUGUAAACUGGUAUUUGUUUUCAAAUUAUUUUAAUUUAUUAACAUACUAAUAACUAGUUUGUAGCGCAAUUGUUUUACCGUUCACUGCACUUUAAGUGUGUCACACAUCAGACGCUGCCCUACUGAUAAUGAAUUGAAGUCUUGCACAGACACAGAAAAGAGUCUCUUUCCAAGAAAACUGAACACCUUUUACAGUUCCUACACAAUCAAAACAACAAGCUUAUGCUGCGUUUAUGCCCUAACUACAGUAAUUAAGAGAUGACAAAUUGUAUUCUACUGGGUUAUAUUAUAUUAUAAUGUUAUUGUCACGGGUUGUUGUUUAUAAAGCCCACAAAGUCGAAUAAUUCAAGAAACAGCCUUUAAUACAAAACUCACUCAGGAAUACUCUGGGAAACAGAUCACACAACACUUUAACAUUGACGUAGACAGGACAAAGACUGCAGGAACACAAGGAGUAUAAAUACUAGACUAAACAAGGACUAAUAAGAUAAUUAAUUAGACAACAGGUGAACUGAAUACAACAAUCAGACAUACUGGGAAACUGGAUCAAAAGAACGGGUGCACAAGCAAACAUGACAGAACCAAAAGCACAAUUAUAUUAUAAAAAAAAUAUGCCAAUAAAUGAGUCUGAUAUAUGAUAGAAACCAGUUAUAAAUGUACAAGUAUACCUUACCUAUCCCACAUACACAUUAA